GCUUCUACAAGUUUACAGCACUCAAGACUCAGAAUUUGAGUGGGGUUGUUGCUGCUGCUGCUGCUGUUUGCACGUGAAAUUGGAAGAUAUGGCACCUACCAAGAAGGGCGUUCUGGAGCGCUUGAAUGCAGGAGAGGUUGUGAUUGGGGACGGGGGGUUCGUGUUUGCCCUGGAGAAGAGAGGAUACGUCAAGGCUGGACCAUGGACCCCUGAGGCUAACUGCACCCAUCCAGAUGCUGUUCGCCAGCUCCACCGGGAGUUCCUGAGAGCUGGGGCAAAUGUCAUGCAGACAUUCACAUUUUACGCCAGCGAUGAUAAACUGGUUAAUAGAGGCUGGAAGGUGUCUCUCACUGGCCAACAGAUCAACGAGGCCGCCUGUGACCUCGCCAGAGAGGUGGCCAGUGAGGGAGAUGCACUGGUUGCUGGUGGCAUCUGCCAGACUCCUUCCUACUUGAGCUGCAAGAGCGAGACUGAAGUGAAGGCCAUCUUUAAGAAACAAGUCGAUGUCUUCAUAAAGAAGAACGUGGACUUCCUCAUUGCAGAGUACUUUGAGCACGUGGAGGAAGCUGAGUGGGCAGUCCAAGUCCUGAAGACCACUGGGAAGGCAGUGGCUGCUUGCAUGUGCAUCGGACCAGAGGGAGACCUGAACGGUGUCAGCCCUGGUGACUGUGCUGUCAGGCUGGUGAAAGCAGGUGCUCAGAUUGUGGGCGUCAACUGCCACUUUGAUCCCAUGACUUGCGUGGAGGCUGUCAGGCUCAUGAAAGAGGGGGUAGAGCGUGCAGGACUGAAGGCCCACUACAUGGUCCAGCCCCUAGCCUACCACACUCCAGACUGCAACCGUCAGGGCUUCAUCGACCUCCCAGAGUUCCCCUUUGCACUGGAACCCAGAAUCCUCACCAGGUGGGACAUGCAGAAGUAUGCCAGGGAGGCGUACAGAGUAGGAAUCCGUUACAUCGGAGGCUGCUGCGGGUUUGAGGCCUAUCACAUCCGCGCUUUGGCAGAAGAGCUGGCCCCAGAGAGAGGCUUCCUGCCCAAAGCGUCCGAGAAGCAUGACCUGUGGGGCAAAGGUCUGGAAAUGCACACCAAGCCAUGGGUCAGGGCCAGGUCCCGGAAAGACUACUGGGAGGGCCUGAGGCCAUCCUCUGGACGCCCCGACUGUGCCACUAUGUCACAUCCUGAGGGCUGGGGGGUGACUAAGGGCCAUGCCGAUCUCCUCCAGCACGCAGAGGCCACGUCCGCUCAGGAGAUCCAGCACCUGCUGGAGAUGCAAAGGAAAGCCAAGAGUAGCGCCUAAAACGCUGCGUCAUCCACCUUGACAAACAGCGACCAUUUAAGUAGCAGUGCCAGAAAGAACAGUGCGGGGAGAGAGGGAGUACGACAGAAGGGAGGAGGAGAGAGGGAGUAGGAGAGAAGGGAGGAGAAGAGAGGGAGUAGGAGAGAAGGGAGUAGGAGAGAAGGGAGGAGGAGAGAGGGAGUAGGAGGGAAGGGAGAAACUGCCAUUUCUUUCAAUUUCAUCAUGCAGCCCGUAUGCAUUGGCAACUACUGGACAUGCACUGAUGUGUUCACAUGAAUCUUAUGUGCUGUACAGUCCCCCAACCAAUAAACUGAGAUAUCUUACAUACA